AUGUACAGCUAUAUGAACAUGUAUCAAUGGAUUCUGUUGAUGACUCUACAGUUCAGCUAUCCUAUCCAGGGCGUAUACAACGUGCACAGCCUUUCAAGAAUACUUGACAAUACGAAAACACAAAACAAUGGACAUGAAAUGGCCGUGUCUUCCAACUGUUCGAGUGAGGUUCGGUGUUGGUGUGGAGAAGUGGGCGACAUAGUUGUGGCGGAUUGUUCCUCGUUAAAUCUAACGGUGAUCCCGGAAUUCCAAGUCACGGUAAAUAUCAUAGAUCUCCGGUACAAUCAGUUACUUGUAAUAAACAACACAGAUCAGCUGCCGACAAACCUUCUCUACCUCGACCUAUCGAAUAAUGGACUUACUGGAUCCAUAGACUACCCCUUCAAGCACCUGGCCAACCUGACCCAUCUGGACUUCAGUUACAACGAUUUGAGAUACUUACCUGAAGUAUACCCUCCGAACAUUUUCUGUGGUUUACACUCUUUGAUAUUUCUCAACAUCAAAGGAAAUAAUAAAAGAGGAGAUUUGGUUCAGUAUCACUACCCUCGCCCUGUAGCCACUCUACUCGGAUUGACAUCACUACGCAUGGACGGACUUAGGAACGCGCGUCUCGGCGAUGUGUUGUCACCUUUGAAGAAGCUAGCAUCACUAGAUCUGUCUGGCGGAAGUGGUCAGUGCUCAAUUGACCACAUGGCGGAAGAUUUCUUUGACGGUGUUCCAUCCUCACUGAGUGAUCUUGAUCUGUCCAGUUGUGAUAUACUGUAUAUAGAAAACGGAACCUUUCAAUCCCUACCAAAUCUCGCUGUCCUAAGUCUGACCGGAAAUAAACACCUCACGUUUCACGUUCUGAGAAAUUUGACGUACGAUUUACAGUUUACAAACAUACGCACGCUCUACUUAAACCAGCUUCAUUGUACAUAUGGUAUAGGUACAUUCAUAUUUAAAGAAGACAUGAUCUUCCUGAAUAACACACGACUAAAAGAACUGCAUUUAGACUUCAACAGGAUUGAAAUGGUGGAGGACACUAUGUUGCAAUACCUUCCCGACUCCCUCGAACAGCUCACGGUCGCUGGAAACAAAUUUACAUUGGGAAGAUACUUAAUUAUGAUGUAUUUGCUGAAAUCUCUGAAAAAAAUCGAUAUCAGUUUACAAGCGGGUCAACAUGGACCUGUUAAUGAAAUGUUAGAUCAGUGUUUUGAUUGGCGAGGCCCAAAAGAAGCAAAUGAUCACUCUCACGAAUAUGGAGGACUGGAGCUCUACACUCAAGGAUAUCCCGAUGUAAAUGUCCCUGAAAACUUGGAAGUCAUUGACGGUCAUAGCAGUUCUUUCCGGGGUGCAAUAGGUCAUUUCAGCUUCAUGAAAACGAAUCGUCUCAAGUAUCUGGAUGGACACGACAACUCGCUGCACACAUGGAAAGGUCCCGUCCGUAAUCUACACCGAGUCGAGUACAUGGAUUUAUCGGAUAAUUCCUGUGAACAUGUGACUGCUAACUUCUUUGAGGACUUUCCGAGUAUGACGACUCUUAAUAUCAGCAACAAUAUCCUAGGUGAAGUUUUCAGAAAUGAUACUGCUGGAGAUUUACUUAAAAACCUUACAAAUCUGAAAACACUGAACAUAAGCUACAACAAGAUAGACCGUCUGUCUGAGGCGGUAUUCCACGGUCUCGCUGCUUUAGAACAAAUUGAUCUCAGUUUCAAUCAAAUGACUGACUGGGACGUCAUAAUUGACCAUAUGCAUCAUUUACAACUUCUAAAUUUUUCAAAUAAUCGUUUGACUGUUCUUCCGAAAUCAUUUAUGGAUGCUGUAGACCGUCUGAUUAAGAUAACUGACCUUACACUAGACUUACGGGGAAAUCCACUACGCUGCAGCUGUGCUGGACUUGAUUUCCUGAAAUGGGUAGACAGAAGAAGAGGCAAUUUCUUCAAUCUGACCACGUAUAAUUGUAGAAUCACGGAUGAAACAGAAAUGUCAUUUGUUCAUCUAGAGGACAUUAUAUCAAAACUGGACAAAGAGUGUAGUAAUUAUGUUGGUGUAAUUGUAGGGACAUCCUCGCUGAUAAUGAUCUGUGUGUCCAUUGUCAUCAGUGGUCUGUUGUACAGAUUUAGGUGGAAGAUUCGCUACCUCUACUACAUGGCGCGGAACAGAUACAAAGGGUAUGACGUAAUUAGGGACAGGUCAGGGUACGCGGAAUCACAGUAUACGUACGACGCUUUUGUGUCUUACUCGGAUUCCGAUAGGUCGUUUGUUAUACAAGAAAUAUUGGAGAACCUCGAGACCCAGCGUGGUUUACGUCUUUGUCUCCACCAGAGGGAUUUCCUCCCAGGUAACGAGAUCGCCGUCAACAUUACAAAUGCCAUUAACAACAGUCGCAAAACGGUUGCCAUCAUUACCAACAGUUAUCUCGAUUCCUAUUGGUGUAUGUUCGAGUUCAACAUGGCACGCAUGGAGAGUGUGUACACACGUGCUGAGGAGAACGUGCUGUUCUUGAUUCUGCACGAGAAAAUUUCCCGGCGACAGAUUCCAAUGGACGUGCUUGACGUCAUCGAUUCUGACUCAUACAUAGAGUACCCAGAUGACGAGGAGGGCAAUGUGGUGUUCUGGAAUAAACUCGAGGAAGCUAUAUCGAGAUAG